AUGCGGCUGCUUCUACUGGCGCCGCUGCGAGCCGGGACCGGGAACGGCACUACGGCGAGGAGGGUCCACGAUCAUCUAGAAGCAGCUGGUCAUACGUGUAUCAUCCAGGAUACUUCAGACUAUGAGUCCCCGCGGGCGGUUGCGGAUCUCAUCUCUUCCAAGAACUUCGAGGCUGCUCUUGGUCUCCAUCUUUAUAAAGCAGGCAGACUUCUGCAAGGGAGCAGAAUCCCUUUUGGCAUCGUCUUUGGUGGGACAGAUAUCAACGAAGAUGGCAAGUGUGAGGAGAAGUCCCAGGUGAUGGGAGCCAUCUUGGACGAAGCCAGGUUUGCUGUCUCUUUCACCGAGGCCAUGAAGGAAACAGCCGCCGCGUACUGGCCUCACAUCAGAAGCAAAAUACACGUCCAAGGUCAAGGGAUUGUGACCGCCCACAACGUGUCUUUUGACUGGAAGAAAUUUUUGCAGAGUGCAGGGAUUCUCCAGGACAACAACAACCUGUACCUCUUUCUUUUGAUCUGUGGCCUGAGAAGAGUCAAAGAUCCGCUGUAUUUAGUGGAUGAUUUUUCAGACUGGCACAGAAAGGAAACCACCGUGCAUCUGGUUAUCAUUGGACCCUCAGUUGAUCCAGUGUUUGCAGAGGAAGUGACGGAGAAAGUUCAAAGGGCGGAUGGAGUGCAUUUGUUACCGGAAAUACCUCAGGAAGAUCUCCAUGCCGUCGUGAAAAACUGUUUUGCCGUGGUGAACAGCUCCGUUUCGGAGGGGAUGUCGGCUGCGAUCUUAGAGGCAAUGAAUCUAGAUGUUCCAGUCCUGGCAAGAAAUAUCCCCGGGAAUGCUGCAAUAAUCACACAUAAAACUACAGGAUUAUUAUAUUCAAGCCCUCAGGAGUUCAUUCAACUGUCCAAAAGUCUGAUCCGGGACCCAUCUCUGCAAAGAGAGAUUGUGUCCAGGGCAAAGGCAUAUGUCUCCCAGCACCAUUCGUGGGAACGCGAAAGGAAAGUGUAUCAGAACCUCAUGUUGGAGCUUCAUUGA